AUGCAGGAGCAGUUUGAGCCAUUGAAGAAUGACCUCUUGUUGAGGGCCGCUAGAGGUGAAACUGUUGAGCGCCCACCGAUGUGGGUAAUGAGACAAGCCGGCCGAUAUCUGCCAGAAUAUCACGAAGCCAAGGGAAACCGUGACUUCUUCGACUGCUGUCGCUCGCCCGAAAUCGCCUCUACACUCACCCUCCAACCCAUUGAGCGUUAUGCCGGACUCAUCGAUGCAGCUAUCAUCUUCUCCGACAUCCUCGUCAUCCCACAAGCAAUGGGCAUGGUCGUUGAGAUGAUCGAUAAAAAAGGCCCCUCUUUCCCCCAACCUUUGGUCUCUCCGGAUGACGGACAAUAUGAGAAAAUUCUAAAGAAGGAUGUCGACGUUAAGAAGGAAUUGGAUUACGUCUACAAAGCUAUUACAUUGACCCGAUUCAAGCUCAAGGGCCGAGUGCCCUUGAUCGGAUUCUGUGGUGCACCAUGGACUCUACUUUGCUAUAUGGUUGAAGGCGGCGGCACGAAAAUGUUUAUCCAGUCUAAAAAAUGGAUUUACAAAUACCCCAACGAGAGUAAGGCGAUGUUACAGAAGAUUGCAGAAUUGUGUGUCGAGUACCUUGCUUUGCAGGUUACAGCUGGUGCGCAGCUGGUUCAAGUGUUUGAUUCCUGGGCCGGCGAACUGUCGCCUGCUACAUUCAAGGAAUUCUCCUUACCCUACCUUCGUUAUAUUUCGGAGCACCUGCCGAAGCGUCUGCAGGAACUUGGGUUGGAGCGUGUGCCCAUGACUGUCUUUGCAAAGGGGGCAUGGUAUGCACUUGAAGAUCUUUGCGAGAGUGGAUACAAUGUUGUCGGCUUGGACUGGUUGCAUGACCCUGCUGAAGCGUACAGAAUCGCUAGAGGCCGUGUGACGUUGCAGGGCAACGCUGACCCGGGUAUUUUGUAUGGUGAUCGUAGUGCUAUUACGAAGACAGUUGAGGAUAUGGUCAAGGGCUUUGGAGGGGGUAAGAAGGGAUGGAUUGCUAAUCUUGGUCAUGGAAUCACUCCAUUAGUCAACCCGGAUGAUCUUAAAUUCUUCUUUGAGGAGAUCCACAGACACUUUCGGUGA